GCCUUCGGUGGAUAAAUAAAUGAAAAUUUGAAGACAGACGAGUUUAAUAUACAAACUUCAAACAAUUAUGAAUCAAAGUCAUUGGAAAAAGCCAAAGGACGUCGAAGGAGAGAUGAUUUGGAAAAACGGUUUGAGCUGGAGAGAUGUUUAUUUUCAGACGUCUGGUCGUUCAAUGUAUCUGUAUCCAAAAAGAAGGGGAAUUAAACAAGUUCUGUUUGAAAUACCAUUUAUAAAGAUAGAUGAAAUCAUUAAAGGUACCAAAGGGUUUUCAAAAAACACUUUCAGAAUAGUAUUGAUAUCUGGUGCAAUUGAACAAUUCAAAUUUCCAGCUAACGUGGAACAAACAACAAUUCAUCAAUGGAUUGGAAAUUUGACGCAUGCUGUGGCUUUUUGGAAAGAUAAGGAGCUACUGGAGUCGCUUAAAUCUGAACGCCAUAGAAAGGUAACCCUCGAAGGCCAUAAUGGAAGUUCUAAAAGCGAUGAGAAAAAGCAUCGUUUUUUUCACUUUAUGGAAUGGCGAGAUGAUAGGUUUACUUGUACAUCCUACAUGGACUUUUACUGA